CAUUUUAUAAUUAGUCCUAAAACUAACCAACUAUAUCAUUAUCCUGUGAAUCUCCGCGCAUUCUGUUAAGUCAGCUAUUUUAUACUGUUCGCAACGCAAUAAAUUGAUCAUAUCCAUAUACCUACUGAGAUAUAGUGCGUUAAUAAACCACGUUUCAGUAGAAUAGUCUAUUGCAGGAUUAUGUUACAAAUAGCAUUCUAAAAAUCGUGGGCGUAGAAUCUUGUUUUAGUCUGAACGGGCAAUAGAGUCUGGUCGACUGAGAAAAAUUUCAAUCUUAGACACAUCUGACUUUUCCAUGGAAAAUCACCUCGGAAUUGGUAGUUAAAUCGUUUUCAAAGGACUAAAGCAAUACUGCGUGAUUUAACUGCAAAUAGAUAGGAGUCAGGGAGUGACGUCAGCCACGAUGUCAGUCAAGACACGGUCAAGAGAGAUCAGGGAAUGACGUCAGCCACAACAAAUGGUGGUCGGACAGUCAACCCAAUGACGUGCUUGACGUUUGUAGGAAAACACUGACUAUGACGAGUCAUUAUUUUCGAUGGAUCGUAUUCGCAUCCUAACGUGAGUGCGUUUUUAUGGUAAACAUGGUAAUGAAUAAUACAGUUGUUCAGUUCUCGUACAAAUACGAAGAACUGGUUUAAAUCCAACUAUACAUCUCACUACCAAGAAGUUCAAAGAGGGCCAUCUUCAAGAUUCAUGUUCAAGAUUCUAGCUUAAGCAAGCCUAGUUAAUGUAGUACGUUAUCUACGUAUUCAUCUUCAAACUAAUGAGAUCAAACACCAACAGACCAACUCUUACACUUAGGAUAGCAAAGACCUUGGCUGAUUGAUUAAUAAAACUCCUCGCGUGUUAUGGCGGUGCGUGUACAUCGCGUGAAAGAAAUUAAUUCUAAUCGCCACCGCUUUAGUCACUGAGCUUUAGUGCAUGCAUAUAUGAAAAUGCAAAUUAUUCACGAUGACUAAUAUCCGAAAAUUUAAAUGACAUCAUGGCCUGCAGUAGUCUAAGACUAGGGGUAAAUGUUUAUUUCAGACAAGAAGGUUGGGGUUAUUUGUAUUUUGUAGUCUCUCUCCUAGUCCUAGCUCUCUCAUAGAUUCAACUCUCGUGCUUUAUCAUCAGGAUAAAAAAAAACUUUCGUGAUUGUAACUAAAACAUUGACUUUGUCUAAAUAUGAUUUGCAUAUAUUGAUACUUCUUAUGCAAAUGAGGGACAGCGUGCUUCAGAUACAAAGACCAAGUUACAGCUCUUAAACGUCAAGUCUUCGAAUUAAUUUAUGACUCUGAGAAAUUGUUGGUGACGAUACAGCUCGAAAAUUUCAUUAUUGCCAGCAUACAAGGAAUCAAGUCGCUCUAACGAGACAAUGUUAUUGUUUAGGCUUUUUAACAGAGAUCAGCUUCAAUGGAAAAGACAUAUCAUUUCCGAACGAUCCAGCGUCAACCUGCCAUGUCACGUCAUUGUUCCCAUGACAACCGAAGUUCUGGCUGCAGAUACUGGACCUGAUGGUGGAGUACGAUGUCUAGAUGUGGAACAAACACAUUAUUAUAACUAUUUCCACGGUUCACAACCAGUGAGUUCUAAUCCUAUAGCUGGUGUCCAAGAUUGGAGAAAACGUCAUCAUAAAGCGUUUGGCCUAUCGCAAAGCUUGUACGAUACAGAUCCUGAGACAAAUAAACCUGUUGGAGAACCAAAUGCUGAUGCCUUUGCAGUUGUAGCAAGAGAAAAUAAUGCAUUUCUUGCUGUUGCUGAUGGUUGUGGCUGGGGUGUGAAAUCAUUUCUAGCUGCAAGAACGGCCGUGAAGGGUUGUAUAGAAUAUCUGAGUAAACAACUUCAUAAGGCAAGCACAACACAAGAAAUUAUGGAUAUUAUGUUAAAUUCGUUCAAAUAUGCACACGAGUGUAUAGUGGAUUCCAAAGGAACUGUAACAACACUCUGUGCGGCUGUCAUAUGUAAAAUACAAGGCAUUAACUGCUAUGGAUUGUGUGUGGUAAAUGUUGGUGAUAGUCUUGCAUUUGUGUACAGAAAGGAUGGUUAUGUACAAGAGGUGACUGUAGGUUCUCACAGCCCUGGGGAAAGAGAUAUGAAACAAGCGGGUGGUUGUAUAGGACCACUUGUUGGUGAUGAUCCAGACCUUGGUAAUUUAACUUGUUCAUUUACAUUUGUGGACGAAGGUGAUAUCGUGUUCUUGACUAGUGAUGGGAUUUCUGACAAUUUUGAUCCGCAAGUGUUAAAGAUUACUUCUCCAGGUGAUUUAGAUCAUCUACUAACUCCUGUGAAGCCGUCAAAAUCACAAGAGUCGUUAUUGGAUCAAGGUGAUAAACAAGAGAAGGCAACUGACGCUCGUGUGGUUACGCAACGAAGAAGAAGUUAUUCAGCGCCAGUUGGCAGGGAAAUUGCAACUACUGCUUUGGCGAAAAAUAUGUCUUGUACAAUUAUGAAGGAGGUGAUCCAAUCAGAAAGUCCUUGUGGCGAGGAGAGUUCUGCGAAAGAACUUUGUGCUAAACUCAUGAACUUUGUUGUACAAAACACGCUAAAAAGAAGAACUUUCUUGGAACAAAAUCGAAAUUGCAAGAGAGAAGAAUUUGAUAAAAAGAAAAAAUCUAUUCCUGGUAAACUUGACCAUGCUACUGUUGUUGCGUUUGAAGUUGGUCACUUUCAACCUCAACCUUUUAAACUGACAUUUCACGAUAAACAACGUCCUCAGGAGAAGAAAAAACACUCGUUAAAUGUUGAUCAAAAUGCGAGAAAAACUACAAAGAGCACUUCAGAACAUAAUUUUGAUUACUCUGGUAAUAUGUUUUCUGCCUUAAAAGGCGUUGCUCCAUGGAGACCCUGAGAAUGUAUUCUACUAAAUUUGAUUUACGUAUGGCUCAAGAAAACAUUUCAGUGUUUCAGUGAAAACAUUUCAUGUGCCAAAUACCUGCACGCGUUGUCCACUGGAUUUUACUGUAUAUAGUGCUAUAUAUGAAACAGAGAAAUGUAGGGAAUGUAAAUUUAAUAUUUAUUCUUAAUCAAAGUUGUUGUAUUUAGUAAUUUGAGUAGGCAAACUAACCAUCACGCGUAUUUGCUAUUAUGCAAUAUUUUUAGCUUAACAUUGGUAGAUACACUUGUGGAUGUUCACUGUUUUGCCGAAGUUCGUUGGAAAUUUAGAAUAUACAAAUCUAUAAUAUAUAUGUAAAAUACUAACUCGUUCAGGAGAAGGGGAAAACGAGAAAAAAACACACGAUAAUAUGAUUAAUAUCACUCUUAUUACCUGGGG